AUGAAGGUAAUUUUGAUUGUGGCGUUGGCGCUUUUGGCCUUGGCGAGCGCAGAUCACGUGCAAGUAGCAGAUGGAGCAAAUACAGACGAAAUCAACAUUAUUCCUGACCCGUUUUUUGCGGGAGGUGCCCAGGCCCCUACUCCCAACUUCGUCCCUGACGAAUUCUUCGCGGGUGGCAAUCAGGGUGGUUAUCAAAAACCUGAUAUUAGACCCGAAUAUGUACAGUAUGGCAGACCCAGCAGAUAUAACAAUCCCUAA